AACGAGAGAUAACAGACUGAUGAAUAUAAAUAUAAAGUGAAGUCAGUCGUUGUCCAACUAUACUACAAAUUCCAUAACAUUAAAAUUCAUGUUCUCCGACAGUCAAGUGCAUUAUUUGUGUUAAGUUUUUUUCCAAUUUAGUUUUCAGCUGACAAGAGCUGAUGUUCUGUUGAAUAGUUUCGAUUGGUUGCAGUGAAAAAAAACAAAACUCGAAAAUGUCGUCGCUAUAUCCAUCACUCGAAGAUAUGCAGGUGGACAAAAUCAUCCAAGCACAAAACCGUGCAGCUGCUGCACAGACACAUGCCAUGCAGCCCAGUCUACCUGCUUACACACAAAAUCCAUAUCCAGAGCUGAACAGCAGCAACAAUGCCAACAACUCGUCAUCAUUGGUUAUGUACCCAAAUUUGGGCGAAUUUAUGGGCCUCGAUCUGUCUGAAGACACGAUUCGUACAAACAUGCCCGAAUACUUAGAGAACGCUGUGCAGCCGUUUGGACGUGGUCUUUCCCAGCUGAGUGGAAUGGUGGCCCCAUUGUCCGGCAAUUCCGUUGGACUACAGCGGGGCCAAGUGACAAACGGCAUCCGGGAAUUGGUUCUGUGCAAAGGUGCCGAUAAGAAAGUCGGUCUGCGAGUGAAGGACAUCAGUAAUGGUGUGUUUGUCACCAUUGUGGUUAAGGACAGUCCAGCCGCAUUAGCCGGUUUAAGAUUCGGAGAUCAGAUUCUACAAAUCAACGGUACAAUUGUCGCCGGCUACUCAAUGGACAAGAUUCACGAUCUCCUCAAGAAAAGUCCGAAAAACGAUAUUUCAAUCAUCGUUCGCGAUCGACCAUUCGAACGUGCCAUCACUUUGCAUAAGGACUCCAAGGGCCGUGUCGGAUUCCAAUUCAGCAGCGGCAAAAUUACGUCCAUCGUCAAAGAUUCGACGGCCGCAAAGAACGGCCUAUUGAUCGAUCACAAUAUCCUCGAAAUCAAUGGCCAAAAUGUUGUCGGCAUGAAGGACAAAGAUGUGACACAAAUCAUCGACGGUGGCGGCCAAAUCAUUACGUUGACCAUCAUUCCCAGCUACAUCUACGAUCAUAUGAUGAAGAAAUUGUCGUCGUCGUUCAUCCGUGGAAUAAUGGACCAUUCUGCUGCCGAUUUUUAGAUCAACUCUACGUUAAGCAACCAACCAUAUCUCCUUUACCAUAUUGAACAAAUUAUCAACAAAAUGAUCAUCUCAGCUCUCCUCGUCUUCAGUGCAAAACCAUUGCGUAAGAGAGAAGAGAGUCAAGUGGAGACAAUGUGUGAAAUUUCUAUUUUUAUACCAGCUCUGUAUGCUUCAUUGAAAAUGCUAUCGCGUCUAUUGGAAAUAAUUCUUUUUUUGAUUGUUUUAACCUCCAUAUCGUCUAUGAAAUAAAUGAAUUUAUCUUAACGAA